AUGCCUAACUGUGAGAAGUAUGGCGAGACCCCCAAUUCUUUUGUACAGAUAGUACGUGAUAUUUCACCAUCACUCUUCCGAUUAACUGUGGAUGGUUGACAACGACUCCGCCAACGUCAACAAACGCUAAGUUUGGACAACCAAUGUUUAUUGGUCAUGAUUUGGUUAAGAAAAUAUCUACACGUCGAUACCUUGGCGCUUUGGUUCGACAUCGACCCGACGUCAGUGAUAAGAAUUUUACACAAAGUCAUCCCAGAACUAUGGCAGUAUUUUAGGAAUCAAAUUGAAUGGCCUACACUUCAAGAAUGGACCAAUAUGAUGGGAAACUGGCCAGAGUUUCCUAACGUAAUUGGGGCAAUAGAUAGUACUCCACACAGGAUAUAUCGUCYCUUAACAGAGCCUCAACGAAUGUACUAUAGUGGACACAGACAUUAUCACUGUAUGCACACCCAGAUAAUCAUUGACAAUGAAGGACACAUACGCUUCUUGCAGUCWKGAUUUUUAGGACGGACUCAUGAUUCGCAAUCGUUUAGACUAAUGGGACCAAUCGGGGCUUUACCUCCGAAUGCGAMAUUUCUGGCUGACAAGGGAUAUGUUGAUGGUGGUCCUCUAUUAACAGCAGUUAGCCCAAAUAAAAUGCGAGCUUUGAAUGGGAGAGACAWGAAAACAUUCAAAGCAGUUUCACAGUUAUGGCGUCAUCCUCGCUGGCUUAUGCCAGUAGUCGUAGAACUUGCCGUUUUCCUAGCAGAAAGACGGCUGCGUCUGUUUCAUGACACUUGCAAUAGAAACUACAUUUGUCAUAUCUGUAUACUUCUCCAUGCUCAAUUGCUGCAAAAAUAG